AUGCAGUUGCGGGGGCGCGCCAGUGUGAUUGAAUCCAAAGAUACCCAAGAAGAACAGAAACAGGUGUGCUUACCAAAGAGCAGCCUGACACCAUGGGAAGUGUGGUUUGUUGGCAAAGAAAAAGAAGAAGGUGGCCGCCUGCAACAGAGAGCUCUAGAGGAAUUUACUCAGCAGCUAGAAAAAAGAAAAGAAAAGGAAGAAGGUGAAAAAAGAAAGAUAAUUGCUGAGGAGAAGCACAAGGAAUGGGUUCAGAAAAAGAAGGAACAGAAAAGGAAAGAAAGGGAACAAAAAAUUAAUAAAGAAAUGGUAGCAAAGCAGCAAAGGAACUGGAGAAAGAACAUUUGCAAGAAAAAGCAAAAGAAAAAUAUCAAGAAUGGUUAA